AAGAACUGGGAUUCAACACCAACACUGACAUGAUCCACGCCCGAAACGCUUCCCGCCUCUCCGCUUUUCCAAUUUCUUCUACACAAGAUUUCCGAGUUCUUUCCCAAUCCCUCUCGGCCUUUCAUUGAAUCUCUUGUCGUAUCGCAUCAGCGGGGAGCAGUGCCUGUGGAGUUAGAAAACGCAUUCCGCAUUUCAUUGCAGACAGCGCCACCGCCUGCUUCAAGGAUCUAGAUCUGAGGGCUGACCGGCACCAAGGCAGGAGGUGCAAAGAAGGCAGGGAUGGCGGUCCGCGGUCCAUUGCUGAAGGAUGAGCUCGACAUUGUGAUCCCUACCAUCCGCGAUCUGGCGUUCCUGGAGCAGUGGAGGCCAUAUUUGAGCCCCUACCACUUGAUUAUCGUGCAGGAUGGCGACCCGACGAAGAAGAUUCACGUGCCCGAGGGGUACGACUACGAGCUGUACAACCGCAACGACAUCAACCGGAUCUUGGGGCCGAAGGCGUCGUGCAUCUCGUUCAAGGACAGCGCGUGCCGGUGCUUCGGGUUCAUGAUGUCGAAGAAGAAGUACAUCUUCACCAUCGACGACGAUUGCUGGGUUGCGAAGGACCCGUCGGGACACGAGAUCAACGCGUUGGAGCAGCACAUCACGAAUCUGCUGUCGCCCUCGACGCCGUUCUUCUUCAACACGUUGUACGACCCGUACAGGGCGGGCGCGGACUUCGUGCGCGGGUACCCGUUCAGCAUGCGCGAGGGCGUGGCGACGGCGAUCUCGCACGGGCUGUGGUUGAACGUGCCGGACUACGACGCUCCGACGCAGCUGGUGAAGCCGUCGGAGAAGAACACGCGGUUCGUGGAUGCGGUGAUGACGAUCCCGAAGGGGACGCUGUUUCCGAUGUGCGGGAUGAACCUGGCGUUCGACAGGGAGAUGAUCGGGGCGGCGAUGUACUUCGGGCUGAUGGGCGACGGGCAGCCGAUCGGGCGGUACGACGACAUGUGGGCGGGGUGGUGCUGCAAGGUGAUCUGCGACCAUUUGGGGUUCGGGGUGAAGACGGGGCUGCCAUACAUCCACCACAGCAAGGCGUCGAACCCGUUCGUGAACCUGAAGAAGGAGUACAAGGGGAUCUUCUGGCAGGAGGAGAUCAUCCCCUUCUUCCAGCAGGUGGUGCUGCCCAAGGAGGCCGUCACGGUGGAGCAGUGCUACAUCGAGCUCGCCAAGCAGGUGGGCGAGAAGUUGAACGGGCUGGACCCGUACUUCACCAAGCUAUCGGAGGCCAUGGUGACCUGGAUUGAGGCCUGGACCGAGCUCAGCGGCACGGCGAAGAAGUGAGAAGGCGAAGCUGCAAUGCUGCCUGCGUAGCAAAUGCAACGUUGUAGUAAAUGAUUUAGGUUUUAUAUGGCAGGAAACUUUUGGCCUGCAAUCUUUUAUUUUUCAGGUCCAUGGAGUAAAGAUGUUUUUUUUUUCUUGUUCA